UCCAUAAGAGGUAUAAGUUCAAAUUAAACACCCUAAUGACUAAUAAAGAAAUCUUCGUAAAUACGUCUCUUUACUAAAAAUUUUUAACAUUAUGUCAAGUGCUGAUGUUGGUGCCAUUAUCAGGGUAGUUGUUUUGGUCACAGGUAUUAGUGCAGUGGUAAUCAUAUUCUUAGGCACUCGAUACAGGUGUUUUGAGAAAAAAACAAAGGAGCCAAUAGUAGACGACUCUCGGUUUAGUUCCCUGGCCAUGAUCCAGUUCCUGGAUGACAUUGAAAGGGAAAGGCCCAUUCAGUUCACCUAUCAGCAACUAAGAAUAGCCACAAACAACUUUACCAUCAAACUGGGUUCGGGUGGGUUUGGGACUGUUUACAAGGGUAUCAUCAGUAACAACACACCUGUAGCAGUCAAAGUACUCGAUGGGACUUCCGACAAGAGAAUUGAGCAACAAUUCAUGGCUGAAAUGAGCACAAUGGGAAGAACCCGUCACUUUAAUCUGGUUAGGCUAUACGGGUUUUGCUUUGAGUCAAGUUUAAGAGCUCUUGUAUACGAGUUUAUGGUAAAUGGCUCUUUAGAUCACUAUUUGUUCAAAUCCGACAAGAAGACUAUUAUAGGGUUCGAAAAGCUCCAUGAGAUAGCACUAGGGACGGCAAGAGGUAUCACGUACUUACAUGAAGAAUGUCAUCAAAGAAUAGUCCACUAUGAUAUCAAACCAGGAAACAUCCUGUUGGACUCAAACUUUUGUGCAAAAGUAUCCGAUUUUGGUUUAGCCAAACUUUGUGAUAGGGACAGUUCUCACAUAACUAUGACUGGAGGACGGGGGACCCCAGGCUAUGCAGCACCCGAGCUUUGGAUGGGUCUAUCAGUUACACAAAAAUGUGAUGUAUAUAGUUUUGGGAUGCUUCUUUUUGAGAUCAUCGGAAGGAGAAGAAACAUGGAUGCAAGUCUUGUUGAAAGCCAAGAAUGGUUCCCGGUAUGGGCAUUGGGAAAAUAUGAAAAGAAACAAUUGAAGGAUUUGAUGAUAGCUUGUGGGAUUGCAAAGGAGAAUGAAGAAGUUGUGGAGAGGAUGCUUAAGGUGGCUCUUUGUUGUGUUCAGUAUAAGCCCGAGACUAGGCCUCUGAUGAGCAUCGUUGUGAAAAUGCUGGAAGGGGCUUUAGAGGUUCCGGAACUUCUAAAUCCUUUUACACAUCUGUUUUCAGGAGUUAGUGAGGCAUGUGAUUCUUUGGCUGAAAUGCGUGGCUUAGAUUCGUCUUCAUCAGAAGCAGUAUCCAUUUCUAAAAUGGCAAUGGAAACACCAACUAUGAAGAAAUAUGACAUCACAAUUGCAUCGGUGUAAUUACCUUGCGAUAAAGUAUCUGAAUCAUAUCAAGGAGCAUCCGAGUUUUAAUAUUUCAAUUAAGUUUCGUAUGUAAUUUCCAAAAUCAAUGACUACAACUCUCUAUUUCAUCUGCUCCUCAGCGGUUUAUAAUAUCCUAUGUAAUUUCCAAGUUCCUUAAGAGUAACAAAUUUUAUUUCAUAUC